AUGUCCCGUUCGCAAAAAUCUUUUGAUUUUAAUACAUCAUUUGGUCCAACCGCAUUUCCAAUCUCAUCAACUAUUUCACCGAUAAUGCCCUCACAAGAUUCAAAUCAAUAUUCAUACGUUGAUAAACAGAAAGCUAAUCCCAUCGUUUAUCUAAUCGAGACCGAAAAGGAAUAUAUAGAGGAUUUACGAUGCUUGCUUCAACAAGUCACAAAUAGUUGGGAUCAUGCUAAUCCCCCGCCACCAGAAUUGGAUGUCAUAUUUUGUGUUCUUAGCAAGAUUUAUCAUCGUAAUAACGAAUUCUGUUCGAGAUUAAUGCAAGUUGCAUCAUCACAACAAAUUGGUGAUGCUUUAAUGGAAUGGAAUAUAUCUGCACAAAGGAAUCAACCAGUGUCUUUAGACUUCUUCUUUGAAAUACCCCUCAAGAGAAUUCAUUAUUACAAAAAAUUAUAUAUGCGUACGAUUAAAAGUUUUGAACCUGGAUGGUCUGAUUAUGAUAAGUUCGCAGCCGCAAUCAAGCGUAUGGAUGAUCUAGUUGAAUUAGCAAAGAAAGCUAAAGAGUCGAACAGGCCGAGAAAUAAUAUUUCUUUGCCAGUCCCACAAACCGUAUUGCAUACGAUUAUUUCACCGCAAGGAGGUCCGACCAUUCCCGAAAUAACAAGUUCACAAAUUCCUUUAAAUUGGACUUUGACGGAGUUGGAAAGUCAACUUGAUACGUCACAAGUCACUGAUUUGUUCACAAAACAACUGAAGUCGUUAAAUGUUGUACUUACACCGCCUCAUCUUCCAUUUAAAAGGGAAAUAGUACAUCAUGAUGAUUUUAUAGUUGUACUUCAUGAUGGAGAUAGUUCUAAUGAUCACAGAGCCCAUGUGAAAGCUCAUUUAUUUUUAUUGACUGACUUGUUGUUAAUCUGCCAGCAAUUCACCCCAGAGGAAAGGGCAUUAAAUCCUUCAAAGGAGCUUAGGCUUUUAUAUCCACCAUUAAGCGGGAGACAUUUGAUGCUUAAUAAUUUAUACGACAAUAAAGAAUAUUUGUUGAAUCUUGUAGUUUUGCAAAAGGAACAUUUGGUUCUUCCAAGCACAAGACCUCAAGUUAAUGUAAACCUAUCACCUUCGAGAAAAGAGAAUAUUAAUAUCCAAUUAUCAGUACAAGAACCUUUAAGAGAUUUUUCACCAUCUAAACAAAAGCUUGGUCUUCCAUCAAGCCCACUGUCAAAUGACGCACCGUUACAGCGUUCAUCAUCUCCUCAAGAUAACAAUAUCAGCGCACCAAAUUCUAGAGAUAAUUCCCGGGCAGGAGAAAAUCAAGAGAGAUUGAAAUCACCUAAACUUAGUCGAUCUAAUUCAAUGACGUCAUUGUCCUCAGUUUCCAGUAUUGGGUCAUUUACAGAAACGAUCCAUCAAACACCUCCAUGUGAGGUAAAUCGUUGGUUUGACGGAGAAUGGAUUCCUUUAACUAAAAAUGACAAAUGUAUUGUAGAAAUAAAGAUGACAAGUUCAAAUAUUCCAUGUUGGGCUGUUCUAUUAAAAUCAAGUGGGCGUAUGGUUCUUAAUGCAUGGAUACAUCCCACAACUUCUUUACACAGGGAAUCUCCAUGUUCAAUAAGUGUAGCAUGUGAAAUGGGAAUGGUCAAAGAGUUUUAUAGGAUGACAUUACAAAAUUCGAUUGACUCGGAUAAAUUAUUUUCGGACUUUUUAAGAAUGAAGAAUUUUGGACCAAAUAAUACUCUGCCCAUACCAGGGCUUAUAUCUCGAUCAUCAUCAUUACAAAAUAAUCGACCGAUUCAACCAAUGAAAGAAAUUGAACAAACGAUGACAGAUGUUAUGGAUUCAAGGGUUAAAUUAUUUUUACAAAGUGAUCAUGGAAUUUGGACAAAUUUGGGUUGGGGAAAUAUGAUCCUGUCAUUGGAAACCCCUUCACAUCGCAAACGAAUUACUAUUCUAUCAGGGAAGAAUUCUAAACUAGUUGAUAGUUUUAUCGAAGACACAGGCGUCGGAAGAGUAGGCAAAUCUAGUGUUACCUUUAAAAUUAAUAAUGUAGGUGCUCCUACUCCUAUCAUUUAUAUGAUGCAAAUGAAAGAUGAUACAAUUGCAACGAAAGCUUUCGACAUUAUGAAAACUGCACCAAAAUCAUAA